AUGCCCGGGAUACUUCUGAGCGAGGAAAUGGAGAGCGGAGUCGGCAGUAAUAAGAAACACUCUAAAACUCCCACACCCAAGAAGAUCAAGAGGAAAAUGCAAAAUGGGGACGCAGAAGAACUCGAUUUUGAGCAAGCAACUAAACUCAAUGGCUUGGUGAACGAAGAUUUAAAUAACAAUGAUCAGAAGACACCAAAACUGAAGAAGAAAAAGAAGAAGCAACUUGCAGAAAAUGAGAGUUCUUUUGAAACAGCUGAGCAGUGUACUGAGGAGCAGGACAUAUCGGACGCUCCAACAUCAAAAAAGCUAAAAAAGAAAAAACAAAAAAAGGAUCUGGAAGAAUCUGAAACACAGCAAGAUGCAGCGGAACCUGAGAUCAAUGGAGAAAAAAGUGGCAAAAAAGCUAAAACAAAGAAAAAUUCCAAGAAAGUAAAGGAAAAUGUUGACAGUGAAGACAGUGGUGCUCCUGCAGCUAAGAAAAGAAAAACUGAGCCUGAAAUAAAUGGAAUGAAAGAGGAAUCCAAAACGGAGGAAGAGGAAAUUAACUUGGAGAAAAUCGAGGGAGAUUUUUCAAAAUUUCCAAUUUCUAAGGAAACUAUUGCUAAUCUACAAGCCAAAGGAGUCACUUACCUGUUUCCCAUACAAUCUAAAACCUUCCACACUGCCUACAGUGGGAAAGAUGUUGUUGUCCAGGCUCGUACUGGCACUGGAAAAACCUUCUCAUUUGCCAUUCCUUUAAUUGAGAGGCUAAUUGAAAAUAAAGAGCCGCUGGCAAACGGACGCCCACCAAGGGUUCUGAUCCUAACUCCUACUAGAGAGCUGGCGAUUCAAAUUAUGAAUGAAAUUCGCAGCUUAUCUAAAAAGCUGAAGACAUGUUGCUUUUACGGUGGAAGUCCCUAUCAGCAGCAGGUAUUUGCUAUUAGAACUGGACUUGACAUACUUGUUGGGACACCUGGUCGUAUACGGGAUCUUAUCCAGAAUUAUAAAUUGAACCUCACUGCACUUGAACAUGUGGUGCUAGAUGAGGUAGAUAUGAUGUUAGAGAUGGGGUUUGCUGAACAAGUGGAAGAAAUCUUAUCUGUCCGUUACAAACCUGAUCCCGAACAGAAUCCACAGACUCUCCUAUUCUCUGCAACAUGCCCAGAUUGGAUGUACAAUGUUGCAAAAAAAAUAUAUGAAAAAGGAAUACGCAAAGAUUGACCUUGUUGGACACCGUAGUCAGAGGGCUGCCAUCACCGUUGAGCAUUUGGCCAUUGAGUGUAACCGAUACCAGAAGGCAGUUGCUCUAGGUGACAUUGUCCAAGUUUAUAGUGGAAGUCAUGGGAAAACCAUCGUUUUUUGUGACUCCAAAUUAGAAGCUCAUGAAUUAUCAACCAACUGUGGCUCACUGAAACAGUCUGCCAAAGCUCUACACGGCGACCUUCAGCAAAAGGAGCGCGAAAUCAUCUUGAAAGGCUUUAGAAAUGGAUCAUUUGAAGUUCUUAUUGCAACAAAUGUUGCUGCUCGAGGUCUAGACAUUCCAGAAGUUGAUCUUGUUGUGUUGUAUUCUGCACCAAAGGAAGCGGAUGCAUACGUCCAUCGUUCAGGACGUACGGGUAGAGCUGGGCGCACAGGAGUUUGUAUUUCUCUUUAUGAACCCAGAGACCGACAUUAUCUCCCAGCUGUGGAGAGGAGUACGGGUAUCAAGUUCAAGCGGGUUGGUAUCCCAUCCAUACUGAAUGUUGCCCAGUCCUCCAGCGCUGAUGCAAUAAAGUCACUGGAUUCCAUCCCAGCUGAUGUCAUUGAACAUUUUAAAGUAUAUGCAGAAGAACUUAUUGAAAAGAAAGGAGCAUUAAAUGCGCUUGCAGCAGCUUUAGCACAUAUUUCUGGAGCUUCAUCUUUAAAACAACGAUCAUUUCUUAAUUUGGAAACGGGCUAUGUCACAGUUGUAUUGAAGACUUCAGUUCCCAUCCAUAAUUUGAGCUAUGUUUGGCGUGCAGUUAAAGAACAAAUGGGAGAAGACAUUGAUUCCCAAAUUCAGAGGAUGUGCCUCCUAAAGGAUUCCAUGGGUGUUUGUUUUGAUGUUAAGGAAGAUACUUUAAAGACUUUUCAAGAUUCCUGGAAAGAUUCAAGGCGUUGGCAGCUUUCUGUGGCAACCGAGCUCCCAGCACUUAACGAAUCAAGGAGAGACCUAGAAGGUCCACGUGGUAGGGGCGGCAGAGGUGGCAGAUCAUUCGACAGAAGGCGCAACAACAGGAAUUCAUCAAACAGAGGUGGAGGCAGAGGCAGGCGAGGGGGUUUUGGAAGGAGGAAAUAG